AUGAAAUAUCUCCAUCUUGGAUUUGCAGCUAUAGCUGUGGGCGCUUCUCUCAUAUCUGCCAAGGUUCAAACGUGCCCACCACUUGGUAUCGUGCUUCCACCAGCACAAGCUCCCAGUAGCAAUGAAGCAGUUAUAUCGGCCACCAAGAAGCUAACAUCGAUUCUUGAGUCGAACUUCAGUUCGCAGCUGAAUUCUAGCGGCAUGUCAGUACUCGUCAAAUCGGCCCAUGAAGAUGUACCCCUCUUUAGUUACCACUUCACCCCUCCAGUUCUAUCCGGAAUUGGCACCACAGCCAUCAAUGAGAAUACCAUUUUCAGGGUUGGAAGCUUGUCAAAAUUGUUCCCGGCGCUUGCAGCUCUACAAACGAGCUCCAUUCACAUGGAUGAUCUUGUGCUCAAGUACAUUCCUGAAUUAAAAACCGCAAUGGCAAGUGACUCUAUAGAGUCAAUUCCUUGGGAUGAUAUUACUGUCGACUCCCUGAUGACGCAUCUUUCUGGUCUUGCCACCGAUACGGCCAUGGAUUUGGGUGUAUUUCCAUUGAGUAUAUGGCAAGACAUCGGAUUACCAGAAAUUCCUGAGGGCACGAGGCCGAAUUGCUCUGGACUACCAGGCACUGUGCCAUGCACAAAACAGGAUCUUAUCCAUGAAUUGAAGAGAAGAGAACCCAUAUAUCUUCCUUACACAACCCCUUCGUAUUCCAACGUUGGCUUUGCUAUCCUUGGAAUGGUCAUCGAUGCUGCGAUUGACGACACCUAUAUCAACGCCAUUCAAAAUAACGUAUUCGACGUUGUUGGCAUGAACAGUUCAUCGUUCAACGGAUUCGUGGAUUCUUUUCCCGAGGACGGCUUCGUCCCCGUUGGAGAGACAACGUGGAAUGCAACUUUGGGUGUCUUUGAAAGUGCUGGUGGAAUGUUCAGCACCACUGCCGAUCUAAUCUCCUUUGCUGAUGGUAUCCUCAUGAAUCGGUUUCUUAGCUCACGCCGUACUCGUGAAUGGAUGAAGCCGCGCAGUCAUACUUCUUCCUGGGGAUACUCGGUUGGUGCGCCCUGGGAGAUUCUUCGCAGCGACCAGAUCACGGCCGACGGUCGAAUUGUUGAUUUGUAUACCAAAAGCGGCGAUCUGGGUCUAUACCAUGCUCUGAUUGGGUUGGUCCCAGACUACGACAUCUCCAUUGUUGUCUUCGCAGCUGGUGCCGAAGUCAGCUCGGAUGCGACCGCCGAAAUUUUCAGCGCUGUGAUUGAAGAACUAAUUCCUGCAAUUGAUGAGGCAGGUCGGACCGAAGCAGUUACUUUCCCAGCAGCUCUGGUUGGUACAUACACCGAUAAAACAACAAACUCGAGUCUCAUUCUAAGCAUCAACUCCGACAAUACUCUAGCCAUCAAAAACUUCACCGUUCGAAGUUUUGAUGUACUCCAUCACUCCAGUUUAUAUAGCCUCGAUGCUCUUUCAAUCGGUGGAGGGCCGCUUCCUGAAGAUAUGUACGUGGAUGCUCGAUUGUACCCAACCAACCUCGUGGGCCACAUUCAAGAUGGAACAAAACAAACGUCUUGGCGAGCAGUUUAUGAUACCAGAACUGUAAAAGAGAAGUCUGAAGAAGACGCAAAAUUGGUGUUCAAAGACGGUAGCUGUCAGUCAUGGACUCAAUUGGAUCGGGCCGCCUAUAACUAUCUCAGCAUAGGAGACUUCCUGUUCAGUUAUGGAUCAAACGAUGAGGUAACUCGUAUCAGGAAUGCUGCAUUCAAUGUUACACUCACGAGAGCGGGCUAG